UUGAAGUCAGGAGUUAGUCACCAAAGAGAGCUUCUCUGGGUCCCAGUUGGGAGGAGUUCUUGCAGUUUAUAAAAGUCAACAGAGCUGGGAACAGUGAAGCAGGAUUGGCUUUCUUUUAGGGAACUGAACAUCCACCUACAGAGGAGUGGAAGAAUAUCAUCCACACAAAAGCAACCAUGUUUAAGCUGAAUCUUGCAGAGGAGGCAAAGAAACUGACAGGGACCACCGCACAAGAUACAGUUAAUUCAGCAAAUCAGGCUGUGCAGCAAGUAGUGGAUCAAGUAACAGAAACUGGUCAGAAAGUACUGGAUGAUGUCUGCAAAACUACUCAAGAUGCAGGUGAGAAGGCUGUGCAGAAUGUAACAAGCCAGGUGUCUGCCUGGGGGAAAAGCUUUGGCCAGAGUGAGGAAAAGAAGAAUGCCUCAACCUAAUUACUCCUAUCUCUUAUGUACCCUUUAAGCACAUUCAAAAAUGCAACAGUGCUCAAGAUCUUUUGCUUACUAGAAAAACUUUAUAUUUGCCAUUAAAAAGUCUAAUAUAUUCUUUAUACCUUAAUUAAGAGUAAACUAUACCCUAAAAGCUU